AUGACAUGCCGCAUUGGAGCACAAGAGAUGACUGUUGGUCCUGGAAACGAAGUGCAACUGAUGAGCCCGGCGAAUGGCCUGUCACAGAAAGGUUUGCAAGAGCGCCUCCACGAAGAAGGGUUUUUAUAUUUGAAAGAGGUGCUGCCAAAGAACUUGGUUCUUGCUGCCCGGAAUGCCGUACUGGCCAGUUUGGAAUCAUUGGGAGUAGUGCUUCAGGGGGAGAACGGGAAGCUCAACCCCAAUUCCAGCUGGGAGACUGAUCAGGGUGCAGUCCCUCCAUCACUGGCUCGAUGUCCUGAGAUGCUUGCAUUGGUUGAGAGCGACGCUUUGAGAGGGCUAAUGGAAGAAAUCUUGAAUGACAAGGCGCAGACCUUGGAUCACAAGUGGCUCCGGGCUGUGGGAAAGGGAGAGAAUAGUGGAUUUCAUACGGACUCGGUGUACUUGAACCAGGGAAGCAGAGAAGCAUUGACGUGCUGGAUACCUUUGGGGGAUGUGGACCUCCGUUUGGGUGGCCUUUGUGUGGUCAAAAAUUCCCAUCGCGAUGUGCGUUACGAGAGGGUGAGAGAGACCUAUUCCAACAUUGACGUUGACACUGCUGGGAUUCACGGGACUGGAUGGUUCACAGAGGAUGCUCGUGAAAUUUUGUCCUAUGGUUGUCCCUUGUUGACGGCAUCGUUCAAGAUGACAGACAUUGUCAUCUUCCGAUUAGAUACCAUGCACGGAUCUUUGUCCAACGGCAGUGAUCCGGCGGAGGUGCGAAUCUCUUGCGAUACACGGUGGUAUGCAGCGAAGGAUGUCGUUGAUGCUAGGUACAUGGGUGAGGAUCCAGUGGGAACAGCCACAUGGUGGGCGAGCCGCCACAAUGAAAAAAUAUUUCCAACUUCCAUGGAGGAAGCAAAGCGAGCAUGGGGACUUGUGAAAUUUUGA